AUCAUAUGUUUAGUAGUUAGUUUGUUUUGUUUAGUGACAAUGUGUGUGCAUGCUAAUUUGGUUUUAAAAAGUGCAAACUUUCUCCGUGGGAUUGACCCUUACUUGCCCUAGCUAUAGUUUUUAUUUGAUUAUAUCUUGGGGGUUAGUUAAAGAUAUUUUAUAAAUUUUUAAUUUGUUUUGGACCUUACGACAAGUCCUCAACACCCGUCGAUGGUGACGUUGGUGACGCUGAUGGACUCUUGGAUGGCAUCGGCUCUGGAGCGCCAUUCCGGUGUGAGACUCCGCAGGAUUUUUCUCCAUAGAUUCCAUGAGAUGAAACCCGGGAGUAUAAUUCUCAAGGCACCUUUAAAACUUUUCAAAUUACCUCUUACCCACCAUGAGAUUGCAUUUUGGCGGAGCAGCAGAUUUGAGAAGCUGCAACGACUAGGUAGUGCCAGGUUGAAUCUUCUGAGGUUGUUGGGGAAAGGAAGACAGUUGUUGAAGAUCUUCCAUUGGAAGAAACGCAGUUUAGGGAUUUGUGCUUUGUGCCAAAUAAAUUUGGUUGAGAGGAGUACCGGGAGUUUCUCUUCAGUGGCAUUAAAAGCAAGGGGACUCAAACCUCACCUUAAGGCAUUCGUAAGAGCUCUCAAACCUGGGACAUUGGCCGAAGCUAUUGAUUAUGGUAGGUGUCAGGAGGAGACAGUGUCUACCAUUAAAGGACAAGAAAAGGGCAUCAAAUCUCAGUUUACUAGCAAGGGCACUCUACCAACAUCUGUAACCAAACUGGUGAGUUCUGUUCCUAUAGCAACCCAACCUAAGUUCAUUCCCGCUGCAAUCAGGGUUGAAAAGAUAGCCAAAGGACUUUGUUAUUAUUGUGACAAGCCCUUUGAAAAGGGGCAUAAAUGUGCUGGCAGGGGAACCAGCUGUUUAGAGGUGCCUGGAGAUUUAGAGAUAGAGGAGGAGUUGGAUUCUCAAGACUCAGCAUACCAAGUGGGAAGUGACAACCCCUUGAUCUCAGUAAAUGCCAUCAGUGGCAAUCAAGGGUUCCAGACCAUGAGGGUGACAGGCCUCGAGACCCUCUUCUCAAUCGUAAUCGUAGAGGUCUCCUCGCCUGCAACAUCCGACCAUCCUCUCCCCCUCGCACAUCAUGUCCGGCGUCACCUUCUAGCAACAGCCGCCGAGCGCCAACGAGUCGCCGAUUGCCGUCCGACUAACCCUUCCCCGUUGCACAGCGGAUUCGCCCAUACCUGGGAGUGGCAGGGGCGAGUUCCUCCUCCCUCAAUCCCAUUUCAAGUCUUCAAUUUCAAGGAAUCUCUUGCCAAACUCCGGCGAGUCAUGGCAGUGGACCACCGGCAGGGGCUGUGGAUAGGUCGGUUGAGUCCAAUUUGGACCCAAUUGAUCCAAUUUGGACUCAAUUGGUCCAAUUGGAUCGCUUCGGGUCUAAUUGGGUCAAAUUGGGUUUGGUUAGGGUAAUUGGGUUUUAAUUGGGGCUGUUGUGGGCCGGCCGGUGAGGCCGUCGGGCCAGCUAUCUCAGGCCGGACGGUGGGGCUGCCGGGCAGUAGUUCAGGCUGGUUGGCGGCGCUGCCCGGGCCAGCUAUUCGGGCUUCUAGGCCGGGGGUUUGGGCUGGCAAUACGGGGCUGCCCAAAUGUUUGAGCAUGACGGUAAUCAGUGAGAAGUGAUUCUUCUGAUAGGCCGCUGAGUGUGUUAUUCU